AUGAAGGCUGGCAAAUUCAAGCCCAGAUGUGUGGGUGGACUUCAAGUGUUCAUUGACUUAUCCAAAGCCUUCGAUGUUUUACCAAGGUCAAAGCUUUACGAUGCCCUCAUACAAUCAGGUUGGUGUGGUGAACACUUGGUGAUCUACGCGGAUGACCAUCAUGUCUCCUUCUGCUUUCGUACGCUGUCGGAACUUGAAGCUGCUCUCCACGCGAUAGGCAUCAUCUAUACAGUUCUUCACGCUAUCGGCAUGGAGGUUUCUGCGUCUAAGUCGGCCUGUAUCUUUACAUAUCGAGGUACUCUCAAGGGCACAGUCCACAAACGCUUCGUUGGCCAGAUCAAAGACCAGAAAGUCCUCAAAGUCCCGAAUGGUGCCUCCACACUGCAUAUACCAAUCGUGUCUGAGCACGUUUACCUGGGUACUGUGGUCAGCUACUCUCAGUACGAGACACAAACACUUCGACACCGCAUUAACAUUGCAAGGUCUCGCUAUUUCCAGCUCAAAACGGUUUUGAACAACCGAAGCCACAUGACACGACGAGAUAGACUAAACAUGUGGAAGACGUGCAUUUGGAGCACUAUGAGCUACGGCCUGGUGGAGUGUGGUGUGACCAAGCAGGGUUGCGUCACUCUGCAGAGCAUCAUGCUACAACACGUCCGCGCGAUCGUUGCCUCUCCAGCCCACAUCGACAAAGUAUCGGAUGCUGAAAUUCUCCGCAAAUAUAACCUCUUGGCGCCGCAUGGUCUUUUGCUCAGGCUGGCAUCCAAGCGCUUGGAAAACGCAUGCCACCGUGACCCUAACAGGCCGUGGACUGCUUGGUUUCAAAGCGCACCUUGGGCUGUGACCGUUCGUGAUACUUUGAAGGCUCUGCAGAUUGACUUCAUGGCGGCCGAGAGGGCUAAGACCUUCACUACCUGUGACGUUGUCUCGGUUCAAGACAUGCCACCGAUUGCUACAACAAGUCCUGACGCUGAUGCUGCUCCUCUCAGGAUGGCGAUUCCACCACCGACGGAGCAACUACAACAGCUCUUCGGGGGAAUACUGUCGUCGACAACAGAACCCGACGAUCCCAGCUCCAGACCAGCCAAAACACCCAAGUUCAAUCAGCAGCCAGCCAAGAGCAACGGGAAGGGGAGGGGCGGG